AGAAAGCAAUAAACCUUUCUUCAAUAUUUCUUCUCUUUUUCUAUUUCUAACAUGGUGUCAGAGCUAUAAGCUCUUGGUUCUUCUUUUUUUAUCAUCACUAUUUGGUUUAUGAGUUGGAUUUUCAGAUCUAUUCUAGAUCUUAAAUUUUGUCAUUGGGUUCUCUUCUUUUACAGAUUGGAUUGUUUAUUUUCAAGCCCUUUUUGAGGUAUUUUGUUAAGUUGUUAGUUCAAUCUUGACAUCUAUUUAUUCAUAUUUUUAGAGAUUUUUCUAGUAUUGUGAGUUCUAUUGAUUCGAUGCAAGUUUUGAAAGAAUUGCGACUCAUCCUAUUGCUGCAAUGGUUGCCAAAGAGGUGAUAGACCAACCUAUUAUCAACCCUAAAUCCCUAAAACAGGUGAUAUUAAAUCUUCUUAAUGCUCCUACUACCUUAUCUACUACUCUAGAUGCUCUGCCUGUUGGUAAUGCAUUAGACAAUGCUGAGUCUUUUUCCCUUUCUUCUUAUGUAUCACCUGUUGGAUCUGACCCUGUUGGUAUUGAGCCUGAAAAUGAGAUCCUUAGUCCACCUUCAAGUUGUCCUACUCGGGCUCGUUUGGUUGCUAAAGGAUUUACUCAGGAAUAUGGGAUUGAUUAUGAGGAAACCUUUGUGCUUGUUGCUCGUCUUACUUCAAUUCAUAUUUUGAUUACUAUUGCUACUGCAAAAGGAUGGAAAUUGUUUAGGAUGGAUGUGAAAAAUGCCUUUGUAAAUGGUGAUCUUACAGAGGAAGUUUACAUGCAACCACCUCCUGGACUUGAGUAUCCUCCAAACAAAGUUUGUCAUUUGAAGCGACCUUUGUAUAGUUUGAAACAAGUACCUCGAGCCUGGUUUCCCAAGUUUAGCACCACCAUUAAUGAAUUUGGUUUUACUUCUAGUCCUUAUGAUACUGCAUUGUUCAUACGCAAGACUAAUCAUGGUAUGGUUCUACUACUUCUUUAUGUUGAUGAUAUGAUCAUUACUAGGGAUGACAUGUCAGGUAUUCAUGAUGUUAAGCAAUUUCUUAGUCAUAAGUUUGAGAUGAAAGAUCUUGGUGUUUUGAGUUAUUUCUUGGGACUUGAGGUCACUUCUUCUGAUGAUGGUUAUCUUUUCUCCCAAACAAAAUAUGCUUCUGAUCUUAUAUUUAAAGCUGGACUCAUUGAUAGUAAGGUUGCAUUUACUCCUUUUGAGCCAAAUGUUCGGCUUACACCCAUGGAUGACAUAGAUUAUGUAGUUCAUGUUGUUAGCCAGUUUAUGGCUACACCUCGCUCCACUCACUAUGUAGCAGUACUUCGUAUUAUUCGUUAUAUUAAAGGUACCAUUUUUCAUGGACUUCACUUUUCUACUCAUUCAUCUCUUGAACUUCAUGCUUACUUUGAUGCUGAUUGGGUUAAAGACUUUAAUGAUCAUAAAUCUGUCACUGGAUAUUGUCUUUUUCUUGGUGAUUCCCUAAUCUCUUGGCAUAGCAAGAAGCAGCCAGUUCCAUCACAUUCUAGCACAGAGGCCGAAUAUCAAGCACUUGGAGACACCAUAUCAGAGUUACUUAACUUAUGUUGGCUACUAAAAGAUAUGGGUGUUCCUCAACCGCCUGCUACUGAUCUUUAUUAUGACAAUCAAAGUGCCAUGCAAAUUGCUCAUAAUGAUAUCUUCCAUGAACGCACUAAACACAUUAAGGUUGAUUAUCACUUUGUUCGCCAUCAUGUUGCACAGGGAAUUGUUCAUUUGGUCCUCAUUGGCUCUGCUGAUCAACAAGCAGACCUUUUCACCAAGGCUCAUUUUCAUGGACGCUUUCAUACUCUUGUUUCCAAACUCAAGUUGGUUUCAUCACAACCACCUUGAGUUUGAGGAGGGAUGUUAAGAUGUGAACACAUUUAUUGUAAAUAUUUUAUACUUUGGAAUAUUCUCUUUGUAUAUUUUAUACCUUAGAAUAUUCUUUUUAUAAACACCUAUAUAUAGGUCAUUAUAUAUACAAUAUUAUUUAAGAGAGUAAUAAACCUUUCUUCAAUAU